CUCUCAUGAACAGUGUACUCGUUGUGGGGAAGUGAAAGUGGUCUUUAGUCACAGAGAAAUAACUUCUCUACUGUAGGUCAUUAGCAGCAGCUCCAUAUCCACGCUCUGUUUCUGUCCCGCAGCAAACACAGAGCUCCUGUAGGACAGACUGACAGACACUCAGCAGGGAGGAGAGUUUAAACAUCCAGAGAUGGGCUUUGGGGAGGAUCUGCGCUGCCCCCAGGCACAUGCAGCUGUCAUACGGCUGCUGGACUCAGAGCUUCAACUGAUGGAGGUCAUGAAGAAGUGGAUGGGUCAGCGGGCCAAGAGUGAGCGGGAGUUUUCAGUGCAGCUGCACCACAUGGCCGCCAUGGCAGAGAAACUAGAGAGGCCUCAGCCCGGAGCGGGACAGGACUACAUUAGCCAGCUCAACAAGUCGUGGGGGGUGCUGGUGUCUCAGACAGACGUCCUCAGUCAGGUGACGAAGAAGCGCUCUGAGGAUCUGCUCGACGGUCCCAUCAGUAAACUCACGCUGGUCAUCAGAGACAAACAGCAGCUCCGUAAAACCUACGCAGAGCAGUGGAACCUACUGAGGCAGGAGCUCGGCAAGGUGACCCAGACAGAGCUGGAGAGGCUGAAAAGCAGCUACAGGCAGGCGGUGAAAGAUGCAGCUCAGGCUAAGAGGAAGUACCAGGAGGCCAGUAAAGAUAAAGAGCGAGACAGGGCUAAAGAGCGUUACGUCAGGGCUUCUGUGAAACUCCACGAGCUGCACAAUGACUAUGUGCUGUCUGUGCGAGCUGCUCAGGUUUACCAUCAGCACCACUACAGUCAGAUCCAGCCGACCCUGCUCGCUGCGCUGCAGAGUCUGCAGCAGGAGAUGGUGCUCAUACUAAAGGAGAUCCUGCAGGAAUAUUUCGACAUCUCCUCUCUCCUCCAUCAUGAAGUGGUGCAGAUCCACCAGGAGAUGUCUUCUGCUCUUACAGCCAUCGAUCCUCACAGAGAAUACGAGAGCUUCAUCCAACAGAACAGAUCUGUAGGGGAGACUCCUGCGUGUGCAGAGUUUGACUGUAGUCUCCUGGAGGACACUGAGCAGCUACAAUCCAGAGAGAUUGAACUAAACGACCUCACGCUUGAGACAGUUCAGCACAAACUGACUGCGGUAGAAGAGGAGCUGCUGAACUUGGCUCGGACUCUGGGCUCGCAGCAGACCUCGGUGGAUCAGCUAGAGCUGGAGCUGGACGCAGAGCGGGAAGGUGUGAAAAAGGGCCAGAGGGUCUACCAGUUCAGCAAGAGGCAUGCGAUGGAGGAGUGCCGGCAGCAUGUCGCUCUGAAUCAGGGCUUUAAAGCCAAACUGGAGGUUCAGAGGCUUCUUUUGAAGGAGAAACUGGAAAAGCUGGGCUCCAAAGAUCCUCCCUCUGCUCUGAAGCUCGACCAAGACAACAGCUCACUUUCUUCAAACUCAAGCAGCUUCCGCAGCCCACCUCCUUCCAAACUCCUCAUGGAUGGGAUCAAAAACAAUCUAAGUGGCCUGUUUAAACCCAAGUGGGAGGUGCCUCCAGCCGCCCUCCCGCUGCAGGAGGUGGAUCGCCCUCUGGAGCAGCAGGACUGGUACCAUGGAGCGAUCCCCCGACUCGAGGUCCAGCAGCUGCUGAAGAGUGACGGAGACUUCCUGGUGAGGAAGAGUCAAGAGAAACAGGAAAAUGUGCUCUCUGUGCAAUGGGAAGGGUCCUGCAAGCAUUUCCUCAUCCAGAACGCGGAUAAUAUGUACCGUCUGGAUGGAGAGAGCUUCCCCAGCGUCCCACUGCUGAUCCAUCAUCUGCUCUCCUCACGACAACAAGUCACCAAGAGGUCUGAUAUUGUGCUGAAGAAACCUGUGCUCAAGGACAAGUGGGUCCUGGAACAUGAUGAUAUUAUCUUGGGUCCCCUCAUCGGACGGGGUAACUUUGGAGAAGUGUACAGUGGCCUUUUACGCUCCAAUAAUACUCCUGUAGCCGUGAAAUCCUGCAAAGAGAACCUGGCCCCGGAGCACAAGAGUAAGUUCCUGAUGGAAGCCAGGAUCCUGAAGCAGUAUGACCAUCCUAACAUUGUGAAGCUGAUAGGAGUUUGCACUCAGCAGCAGCCCAUCUACAUCAUCAUGGAGCUCGUUCAAGGUGGUGACUUUCUUUCCCUCUUACGGCAUGGGAGUCACAGUCUGAAGCCGAAGAUUUUGGUCAAAAUGACAGAAAAUGUUGCAUCUGGUAUGGAGUUCCUGGAGAGCAAGAAGUGUAUUCACAGGGACCUGGCUGCAAGAAACUGUCUGGUUGCAGAGCACAACGUGGUGAAGAUCAGCGACUUUGGGAUGUCCCGUCAGCAAGACGACGGUGUCUAUUCUGCAGAGGGCGGCCUCAGACAGAUCCCUGUCAAAUGGACGGCUCCUGAGGCCCUGAACUACGGUCGUUAUACCACAGAGAGUGAUGUGUGGAGCUUUGGGGUCUUACUGUGGGAGGUCUUCUCCCUGGGAAUGACGCCCUACACGAGCAUGAGCAACCAACAAACACGAGACGAGGUGGAGAAAGGAUACCGGAUGCCUGCUCCACACAACUGCCCCGUGGAAAUCUCAAGGAUUAUGAUCAGCUGCUGGCAGUACGAUCCCGGAAAUAGAUCUUCUUUCAAGAAACUUCGGGCUGAGCUCGGUGCCAUAUAUAACAAAAUUAUGUAAUACAAGCCUGUUAAUUGGACAUAUUCUGUAGACUACUUUAUUAUUCUUUUGUCUGUUUGAUUUGUUCUGUUAUUGUGCAUCUUAUUUUCCUACCCACAUUUUUUUUCCAGUCUCAAUUUCAUAGAUAAUGCAAGGUAACAAAAUAAACAAAACUAUUAAUAAACUUUUGUUCAAGAAAUAAACUUCUAAAUUAAGUUUUGAGGACUUGUUAAUCACCUGUGAACCAGAUGAUGGCAGCACUCUUGCUUCUUCCCUUCCUGCCUGUGGGUCUGUGUUUCAUUCUUUCUUCUAAGAACAAUAGGUUGUCUUCAACCCAUCUGCAAAAAUAUGUGCUGCUAUAAACACAACAUACUUUGGUAUGUUAUUACCUUUACCGUCGAAACCAAACACCCGUGUGAUCUAUCUGAAAGGCUCCAUAAAGAUGUGUCAAACAUCCUUCUGAGACGCUGCCACUCAGAUAA